AUGACUCCCUGGUGUACCUCACUUGGGGUUGCCGUCUUCCAGGAUAUUCCACCAUCCCGAUGUCAGCCCCUGUACAUUUUGGGCAUGGCGUUGUGCCAACCAUAUCUUCAUGUAGAAGGAAUCUCAAGUGGGGGCGAUGAGCACUCGUCCAUUCCUAGGAGAGCAACAGACUUCUUUCUACUCAAGACCGCCAAACCCGACGGCUUCCGUCUGGUCACCUCGUCGUCUUCAUCGUCUUGACAUUUCGGAUCUUCAAAGAUCGGCGUCAAGAAUCUUUGAUGCCAUCAUUGAUCAAAGCCGGA